AUGUAUCGGACAAUUUGUCUCACCUGGCUGGCCAUUGGUGUUUCUGCCACCGAAUGGCCAGAUGUUGUUACUGUUACGGCUACUCAGACGCAGUAUGCUCCAUGGGGAGGAGUUCUCUACCAAGACGGCGAUAUUUGUUACUGCCCUGCAGAUCUUCAACCUCCCACCGAAACGAAAGUCAUUGAAACUCCGGGCGGUUCUACGAAUGGUACUGGCAACGACCAGGGCAACGGCAGCGGAGGUGGUGAUAACCAGAAUGGAAAUGGCUCGGGCGGAUAUCCACAAUCCAAUGUUCAUGGAGGAAGCAAUGGCGGUGAUUUUGGAAUAACGACAUGGUUGCCUACACAGGCGCCGGGGAAGUCAACUCUUGUUACCUCGAAGAUUCAGUCUGGAGGGUAUAAUUCCAUGCCACCUCAGUCUGAGAGUCAAGGCGGGAUAUAUCCACCACCACCUCCUCCAGAGUCAAUGAGCUCGCCUUACGGACGUUCUAGUUGGAUCAACACCGAAACCACACCUAUGAGCAUGGGAGAAACUACUCACACAGGGAUGAAAUCCAAGACCUGGGAAUCGAAAGCCGCGUCUAGCCAGGGGAUGGUCUCUAGCCAAGGAGGUGCUGGUGGUUCAUCAACGCCAGCGAGCUUCGGACCGCCAAGUUCAUCUAAACCUGGAAGCUCCCAGCCAGUAUCAAGUCCCGGAUCGUCUAAACCUGCCAGCUCUGCUGCCCCGGCAUCUUCGAGUCCGAACUCCUCCAAACCGGGAAGUUCUUCGGGUGCACCAAGCUCAAGCGCGGCCAUACCAAGCUCUAAACCCGGUUCAUCCAAACAGGCGAGCUCCAGUCCACCUGUGUCAAGCGGCCAACCAUCUCAGCCUGCAAGUUCCAACAAGGCUUCAAGCGUAAUCUCGUCUAUGGCUCAAAGCUCAUCACAGCCGGCAAGCUCUGGAAAACCCUCUAGCUCGGUUCCAAAUUCUUCAAAGGCGGCAAGCUCCAGCCCAAUUGCACCUAGUUCCGCGUCCUCGCAACCGGCGAGCUCUAGUAAACAGUCAAGCCUAAGCUCCUCCAAAGCUGAAAGUUCAUCGCAACCUGCGAGUUCUUCGAAUCCACCGAGCUCAAGUCAACCUGCAUCCAGUUCAAAAGCGAGUUCGUCAAAGCCGGCGAGUUCCAGUGCCCCAAUGUCAAGUGCUGGCUCCUCCAAUGCAGAAAGCUCAUCAAAGCCAGCCAGCUCGUCCCAGCCUCAGAGUUCGAGCCAGCAAGCAUCGAGCUCAAGUUCUAUGGUAAAGAGCUCUAGCGCACCAGGUUCAUCUUCAGCGCCUAGCUCAAGCAAGCCAGGGAGCUCAUCUAAAGUCGAGAGCUCAUCACAGCCAGCAAGCUCAUCAAAAGCCCAAAGCUCUUCAGUCCCGGCGAGCUCUUCCAAUGCUCAGAGUUCAAGCAAGCCUUCUAGUGCUAGCUCGUCACAGGCACAGAGCAGCUCGUCAAAGCCAAUGAGCUCCAGCCCGGCAUCGUCAAGCCCUGCGUCUUCGAAGCCUGCAAGCUCUAGCAAGGCAUCGAGCUCUGGACCCAAAUCGUCUAAUCCAGCGAUUAUUAGCCCACCAGUGCCCAGUGUCAAACCCCCGGAAUCUGAAAGCUCUAGUGUUGCUUCUUCGUCCAAAGCCCAGAGCUCUAGCCUGCCUGCCUCUUCUAGCCUGAGCUCAUCCAAGGCAGCAAGCUCCAGCAAGCCUGCAUCCAGUGCUAGUCCAAGUUCAUCCAAGCCAGCGAGUUCAAGCGCACCUUCAUCAAGUACUACGGGCAAUGGCAUCAACGGCAUCAGCGACUCAUCCUCAGCGACCAAGAGUUCCUCAUCCAGCAAGGCAACUUCAUCCUCGAGCGCACAUUCUUCCACCCGCUCGUCCUCAAGUGCAAAGUCAUCAAGCAAGAUUUCGCAUUCAGUAGACCCCACAACAGUCACCUCGCCGAGUAUUGGCCCCAGCCAGUCAUCCUUACUUUCCAAGUCUACCAAGUAUACUACAUGUGUGCCUACUAGGGCGUUUGCUCUUCAAGCCUCUGGUGGCCUGAAGCCUACUUCGGUGCCGGCAGAUCUGGCCGGACGCGCGCCGGUUGAACACUUUCAGCGAGCUGAGUGCACGCCAGCCACUUACAGAUGCACUACUGAGCCGUCGGGGUGGCAAGUAUGCGAUACCUCGGGAAAUUGGGUGUUUGCUGGCUUGUGUCCUCCGGCGACGUAUUGCGUGUACUAUCCAGAGGAUUUGGGACUUCUCUGUUUACCCGCCUGCAAGGACUGA